AUGGACUGUAGCUGCGUCUCCGACCUGCUCUUCGCCCCGCCCGCCCUGCCGGCUCUCUGGACCCCCGGGUUUGCCUUCCCGGACUGGGCCUACAAGCCGGAGUCGUCGCCCGGCUCGAGGCAGAUCCAGCUGUGGCACUUCAUCCUGGAGCUGCUGCAGAAGGAGGAGUACCAGGGCGUCAUCGCCUGGCAGGGGGACUACGGGGAGUUCGUCAUCAAGGACCCCGACGAGGUGGCCCGGCUCUGGGGCAUCCGCAAGUGCAAGCCCCACAUGAACUACGACAAGCUGAGCCGCGCCCUGCGCUAUUACUACAACAAGCGGAUCCUCCACAAGACCAAAGGCAAGAGGUUCACCUACAAGUUCAACUUCAGCAAAGUUGUGCUCGUCAACUACCCUCUGCUGGACGUGGCGGCCGCCACCACGGGCUCCCCGCUCCUGCUGAGCCCGGGUCCCUUUGCGGGGGGCCCGGGGCCGGAUGCUCCUCCCCUCACCCCCGAGACCUUGCAGACCCUGUUCUCUGGCCCCCGCCUGGGAGAGCCAGGGGCACGGGCAACCCUGUUCACCCCCGAGACGGACAAACUGCGUCUGGACAGCCCUUUCCCAUUCCUGGGCUCUGGUGCUGCCGGCUACUCCAAGCCCCCGGGUCUGCUGGGUCCAUACAGCCGAGCCUUCCCCGAGUACCCCUGGAACUUUAACCCCUACCUCGCCGGCCCCUUCCCCAAGCUGCCCGCUUCUCUCUACCCCCCCCACUUCUACCCCAACCCUCUGGCCAGCUCCCUGGGCCACCUGCCCUCGGCCGGGACAGGCCCCACGACUGCACCCCUCCUGGCAGCUGCAGGGGAGGGCCUGGGCUCCGAGCGCCCCUCGGGCCUGGCAGCGGCCCCCCGCCUGGCACUGCCAGGGGCUGGGGGUCCAGAGACCACGCUGGGAGGGAAGGAGGACAGCGACUCGGAGUUGGAGAUCACGGACGUCAGCGGCUGCAGCUCUGACAGCGAGGGUGACGAGGGCCUCCCGGUGCCCCCCAAGCCCAAGGGGGGUAAAGGGGGGCUUGGCAGCUGA